CAGAGAAGUGGCAUAUGAAUAAAUUAUUUGAGUUUGUCAAUAAUUAAAAAUGUCUUUACAAAAGAGGAGUAAUUGUAAUUUUUAAACAGCUGACAAACAAAGCAUUAUUUAUCUUUCUUAAAUGAGGCUCAUGUUUUUGUUCUCAGUUCAAUGAUUUAUCAUACAUGCUGAUUUGUGUUAUAAGUUUGUACUUUAUUUUUAAUAUUGGAUUCACUGCUAGACUGAUCUGAUCUGAGAGAGUGAAGAGUGUGUCAUUGUUCUCUACAGGUUGGUUGAUUGUGGCAUCACAGAUGAAGGUUGUGCUGCUCUGGCUUCAGCUCUGAGAUCAAACCCCUCACACCUGAGACAACUGAAUCUGUCUGAGAAUAAACUAGGAGAUUCUGGAGUCAGGCUGCUGUCUGCUGUACUGGAGGAUCCUCGCUGUAAACUGGAGAUACUGUGUGUAUGAAAAGCCCCGCCCUCAGUUCUGCUCUCAAGCAUCUGCAUUUACAGGUGCACAAGUGUAUUGCUAGUCUCUGUGCAGGAAUAUCACAAAAAGAGUAGCAAAAGUCAGAGCGCUAAGAUUUGAAGCUUUUCACAUCAGCUGUUGAGUUAUUGUGGCAUCACAGAUGAAGGUUGUGCUGCUCUGGCUUCAGCUCUGAGAUCAAACCCCUCACACCUGAGACACCUGAGUCUGUCUGGAAAUAAAAUGGGAGAUUCUGUGAAUCUACUCUCGGAUGUGCUACAAAAUUCUCACUGUGAACUGGAGAUGCUGUGGUUGGUUGAUUGUGACAUCACAGAUGAAGGUUGUGCUGCUCUGACUUCAGCUCUGAGAUCAAACCCCUCACACCUGAGAGAACUGAAUCUGUCUAGGAAUAAAAUAGGAAAAUCAGGAGUGAAGUUGCUCUCUGGUCUGAAAGAUGAUCCACAUUAUAAACUGGACACAAUAUACUAUUGACUUUCAGUAUUUAGAUGUCAGUCCAGUUUUCUCAGGAUCAGCUGAUGGUGAAUAAGGAGCCACUACAGAGACGCCAGACACACAAUCAACAGAGACUGAAGACAGAGACACACGGCAUCACACUGUCAUGUGUGUCAUCUUUCACUGUCUUGUUUUAUAAGUUAUGGCCUAUGAAAUUGAGUGCAGAAUCAUUUUGGAUUCACUAGAUAUUGUCUACAAUGUAGAUCAAGGGUGUCAAACAUACGGCACACAAAGAUGUUCAAUCUGACCCCAGGGAUAACUUGAACAAUAAUGUUAAAUAACACAUUAUUUUGAAAAUAAAAGUUUAUUUGUGUUACAAACUGCUUUAUUAAGGGUAAUCCACAAUUGUAAUCCAAAUGCCAGCCAAAGGGUCAAAAUCACAGAGCAAAUAAACAAACAAAUAUUUCCAAAUCAUCCUCACAUUGAUUGGAUCCUACUGUGAUGAGGAUGAUCCCUUAUUUGUUUUCCCCCAUGGCUCAAAUGGAAUGUACAAAAACAGACACCAGAAGCAGAAAAGCCAGAAGCAGAAUAUAAAAUUGAUCAACAAAAUCACGCUAUAACAAAAAAAAAGUAGAAUAUAACAGUUAGGAAUCAGAGAUGUAAAGGUAAAUUAAUGCAUGGAAGUGUAAUGUAGUGUAGCAGUGUUGGAAGUACAAAAAAAAAGCUUCAAGGAAACCAAAGAAAGUCAGUUCCAGUAUGCAGCUCUCUUGUGACCACUCAUCUUGAAUUCUUUAAAAGGCCCAAAAGGAAGUCAACAACAGGUGUCUUCAGUGAAACUACCAGAAAACAAUCACUCGAUAAGACAGAUCAUAACACAUUCAAAAAACAA